GUCGGGUCCCGGCGCUGGGCCGCUUCUGCUGCGCGCCUGCCUGGCGGGGGCCCGGGGUCGGGUCAGCGCCGCAACCAGGUCGCGGGACUCGGCUGUGGCCGGCAGCCCCCUCCGCUCCCGCUCCCGGACCCGCUGUGCCCCUUCCUCGCCACGCCCCGGGUCUGGCAUGUUUUCCAGGGCCCAGGUGAGGCGGGUCCUGCAGCGGGUGCCCGGCAAGCAGCGGCUCGGCGUCUACAGGUUCCUGCCCUUCUUUUUUGUCCUGGGAGGAACGAUGGAGUGGAUCAUGAUUAAACUGCGCGUGGGCCAGGAAACCUUCUAUGAUGUCUACCGUAGAAAAGCCUCAGAACGACAGUAUCAGAGAAGGCUGGAAAAUGCAUCAGAGACUGAACUUCAGCCGUCAAUAAAGUGAAUAUGAAAUUUCA